AUGGCCACGGAUGGCCUUCAAGGUGAGGACGUGCAUCUUGAACUCGAUUCUCUAGGGGAUGGAGAGUCAGUGGAGUCGGGCGAGGGCGGCAGAAAUGAGAUCACGGAGCCUGAGAAGAGUGGGAGUCUGCGGCUGAUGAAUGGCAGCAGCCCCUGUGCCGGGAGAUUGGAGGUUUACCAUAGAGGACAAUGGGGCACAGUGGAUGGCGAAGUUACCUGGGGUAUGAAGGCGGCUGCUGUGGUGUGUAAGGAGUUGGGCUGUGGAGCCGCGCUGUCAGCAUCAGGAGACGCUCACUUCGGGAGGGGCUCAGGCUACGUUAUGACGUAUGUUGUAGAAUGCAGAGGGAAUGAGUCUACUCUGAGGGAGUGUCCCUCAGGAAACUGGAGUCAUUAUUUACUGCCACACUCCUAUGAUGCCGGUGUCAUCUGCUCAGGAGGUCAACCCCCCAGACUGGUGAAUGGAGGCAGCCGCUGUGCGGGGAGAUUAGAGCUGUACACCAAUGAAACUUGGGCGACACUUUGUGGCGAGAACCUGAACACGGAAAUUGCAGUGCAUGUUUGCAAACUUUUGGGAUGUGGAUUUGCUGUAUCAGCCACAGGUGACGCUCGCUUUGGAGAAGGCUCGGGUAGUGUGGUUGGUCGACCUGACUGCGGACAUGGACAGGACAGUAGCAUAACCUGUUCAGACCAGAUUGAGUUACGGCUGGUGAGUGGAUCUCACUCCUGUUCGGGCCGGGUAGAGAUGCUGUUUAUGGGGCUGUGGGGCACAGUGUGUGACGAUAAUUGGGAUUUGGCUGACGCUGAUGUUGUUUGCUCGGAGCUGGGCUGUGGGCCGCCGAUCGCUGCCGUGACCAGUGCGAUGUUUGGAGAAGGAAAAGGUCAGAUCUGGCUCGAUGACGUGGCCUGUGUCGGCAAUGAGUCCCACCUGUGGCGAUGCCCCGCUAGAACCUUGAGCCAACACAACUGUAAUCACGGCGAGGACGCAGGUGUGGUGUGUAUGGAUCGGCUCCGGAAACCCACCCUUUCUCUGAAACUAGAUUCCCGGAUGUUUGUGAGAGGAGAAUUCGCU